ACCCAACUCCCGAAGUGAAGUGAAAUUGAAGAGUGAAGUGAGAAAAACAAAAGGUGUCUGUUCUGUCUGAGCGAGAAGGCGAUGGCGUGUAGUGGCAGCGAAGAUCAAGCAUCAGAUCAGCUCAGCAAAACCCUAAAACAAGGCGAACGGAUCCUCGCUCCGACCCGCCGACCCGACGGAACCCUCCGCAAGCCUAUUCGCAUCAGAGCCGGCUAUGUCCCUCAAGAAGAAGUCGCUAUUUAUCAUCCCAAACCUGCCCUCGUCAGUACACUUUGUUGGAAUGAGUUUAAGAAGGAGAUGGCCUCACAUUCUGGACCUCCAGGUUAUGACCCUGAAUUGGAACCAAAACCAAGGACCAAAGCAGGCAAGAGGAAUGAAAGAAAGAAGGAAAAACGGCUUCAGGCUGCCCUUGAUAAGGACUCAAAUGUAGCUCAAGAUAGUGGCGAGCAAGAAACAUUAGCAACCGUUGAGAAUUCAAGUCAUUCAUCAGAGCCUGUCCAUUCAUUAACAACUCAGAUGAAUGAGCUAGCUGUUUCUGGAGAUUCCUCCAUUGUUACUCCUGCCGCCAAUUCUGUUGACGGUUCUGAGUCAGGUCAAGAUAUAGAGAAAAGAAUUCGAGCGCUGAAAAAGAAGAUACGGCUUACAGAAGCCCUACAACAGAAAAGUGCAGAGCAAGAUUUGAAGCCAGAGCAAUUAGAGAAGCUAGCAAAACUGGAUGAUUGGCGUAAGGAGCUAAAACAGUUGGAGGAUAAAUAGCCUGAAACACCAGCUGCUUGAACAAAGUACUAGAAUUAGCAUGAUAAGAAUGUGUAGCUCUUAGAUGUUUUCUCAAUGUGAUAUUAACCAUUUAAUCCACAAGGAUUUUUUCAUCUUCUCAUUUUUGUUUGCAUUUUCACAUUAGGAUAACUUUUGAUAUUGAAGGAAAAAAAAUUGACGUCUUAGCUUGA